AUGGUUCGUAAUUUAUCCAUCAAUUCUGCCAAAACAUUUGAUGAAUCAUCAGGUGAAGACUCAAGCAGUUGUUCUGAAGAUUCCGAUCAUGAUGAUCAUGAUAAUGAAGGUAAAAAUAGUCACUAUAGAAAGAAACGGACUGGUAGUCCAAAUGCUUAUGAACUGCAAUCACAUUAUAAAGAUCUUGAAGAGAACAAAGUUCAGAAGAGAAAACAAGCAACUCUCUACAAAUUGAAUAAUACUUGGGAUAUUAGCCAUGCCAAAGAAGAGGUAAUUGAGAUUAUUGAAAGAUACAAGGGCAAGGAUAACACAGAAGAGGAUAUAGUAAUAUCUGAUACCACGGCUAUUUAUAUUAGAAAAAGUAGUCAAGUAAAAAACGAAGAGACAAGGAUGGAUUAUUUAGUCCAGGCUAUUCAGGCUUUACCUUUGGAUGCUAUUAAAAGGGGUGAGAAUAGUGGCAAUUGGUAUUUUUGA